AUGUCAAACCUAGCUCUUCUACUGCUACUUGUCACAUCCGCUGUGGCCGAUAACUGUUCACAUACAUUCAACAAAGUAAAUUUUACAAGAACAGCAAUAUUAACAAUCAAAGGUUUACCAACGAAUUUAGUUUACAAUCCAUUUACUAAAGACCUAUUAUUUACGUUAAUAGACUUAGAAACGCUCCAAAAUGAUGAAGUGCAAACAAAAAUGGAUCAAUACAUAUUACGAGACAAUGAACCGAUCAAAAUCGAGAAUAUUAAUGGACAAGCAGCGGCCGUAGAUGUGGAAAAUAACAAAGUAUACCUAGCUAGUGACGACGGUCUUCAUGUUUUAAAUAAAACUGACAGAGCUAGUUUUUUGGCUUUUAAAGAUGAGGAUAUAGUUCAACUUUUUAAGCCCAGAAACUCAGAUGACCUGUACGCGGUAUUUUUCCCCGAUAACGAAGUGUAUAAAAUUGAUAUGAGUAGAAACGAGAAAGAACGAGUUGAAAAUAUCCCUUGUGCUUUUAUAGUUGCCGUUGAUUCAGAUGACAAUAUCUACUAUGAAUGCGAUUCGAAGUUUGUAAAAGUCUUACUCAAGGGUUUUCAAGAAUCGAUAGAAUUUAUUGGUAUUCCAAAGAAUUCCGCUAGGGCCAUCGCUGUAAACGAAGAAAGUUACGUGGUUUUAGCGGCCAACGACGGUUUAUAUUGGUUGAGACCAGAUAAUGUAAUUCCAAAGAAGAUGAUGGAUCUAGAUUACGUACCAGCCGGAAUAGCUUUUAACGGUGAUAACUUCUACGUAUCGACAACUGGGGUUAUAUACAAAUAUGAAAUGUGCUAA